GGCGGUAUUGGUGCGACUGUGUAUUGUGACAGGAAGGGUCGCGAAACGUCAACGUCAAUCAUCCCCCGAUUUCUUCUAAAAUUUUCGAAUCCGUCGAUUCUGCUCGAAGAAACACCGGAAAAGUCUAGUGAUUCGUGCGCUAAAUUUUCCUAAAUUCGUGCGGUCGCAGAUUUUUCUUUUCCCGUUCGUUUUUUGAAUAUCGUAUGUCCAUCCAGAACCUCAACACAUUCGACCCGUUUGCUGAUGCAAGUAAGGGUGCUGACGAUGAUGUACAAGACGGACUCGUUCAUAUAAGGAUUCAACAGAGAAAUGGUCGCAAGACUCUAACUACAGUUCAGGGACUUUCUUCCGAGUAUGACCUAAAGAAAAUAGUCCGAGCAUGUAAAAAGGAAUUUGCGUGCAAUGGAACUGUGAUAGAACACCCCGAAUACGGCGAGGUUCUUCAGUUACAGGGCGACCAGAGGGAGAACAUUUGCCAGUGGCUGACAAAGGCGGGUCUGGCGAAGCCCGACCAACUAAAAGUUCACGGUUUUUAAAGUAAGGAAGUAUUGGUACCACCGAUAUAUCAUGGCGUCUAUGCACCACCACAUUCAAUUCUUGUUUAUCAAUCACAGGAUGUCGAUGUCUUGUACGAGCUGCUCGCAAGAUCACCACCACCAACGCAAAAUUCGUAGUUAGUAGGCUCGACUUGUACAAUAAUAAUAAUAAUUAAAUAAUUUUAUAUAAUUGUGCCUUUCCGUAAAUAUAUUCAUUAUUGUCAGAAUGUUUUGAGUUGAUCAUUUUCUUUUCUCUUGUUUUUUAAAGUUGACUGUAUUUUUAGUUUCGUUUUUUUGUCACCAAAUAAAUGGCUCUCAGUAUAAUAGA